AUGGCAGCGCCCUCACUUAUCGACGCCAGCAUCAACAACUCGAUGCUGGCAGGCCUCAACUGCACAGACAACAUCCACCUCGUCGUCGGCACAAACCCCCUGGCCGCCGCCCGAUGCGCGCAGUCUCUCGCCGCCGGGGCGCAUCCCGUCGUCGUUGCGCCACAGACGGCUGAGCUGCACUACGGCCUGCAGCGCAGGAUCGACGACGGCAGCGUCAAGUGGGUGCGCGAGGCGUUUGCGGACGAGCACCUGUUCACUCUGGGCAGAGAAGAGGUGGGAGGCGUCGUUGAUGCCGUGUUCGUGACGGCCGGGGGGCCAUUACGAGAAGAGCUGGGCCCUCACAUCUCCUCCCUCUGCAAGCGCAACCGCAUCCCCGUCAACGUCGUUGACGCCCCCCAUCUCUGCACCUUCUCCCUCCUCUCCGUCCACUCCGACGGGCCCCUCCAGAUCGGCGUCACCACAAACGGCCGCGGCUGCAAACUGGCCUCGCGCAUCCGCCGCGAGAUCGCCUCCUCCCUGCCGCCCAACCUGGGCGCCGCCUGCCAGCGCUUCGGCGAAGCAAGGCGUCGCAUCCAGCAGCACGACGACAAAGAAGCCCCCCUCGCAGAGGGCGACCUCGACGACUCCGUCGACCAGAGCGCGCUCUUCAACAAGCUCGUCACGGAGGAGGACGUGCGCAACAGGAGGAUGCGCUGGCUCAGCCAGGUCUGCGAGUACUGGCCCCUGAAGAAGCUCGCCUCCGUGGCCGACCACGACGUCGACCGCAUCCUGGAAGCCUACGCCGCCGCAGAAAAGCCCCCAAGAGACGGCGGCGACUUGGGCUCCAGUAGCAGCAGCCCAGGCCGUCGUCCCAAGGGCAGGAUCAUCCUCGCCGGCAGCGGCCCCGGCCACCCGGACCUCCUCACGCGCGCCACCUACAACGCCAUCCAGACGGCCGACCUCGUCCUGGCGGACAAGCUCGUGCCCGCGGGCGUGCUGGACCUCAUCCCGCGCCGCACGCCCGUCGAGAUCGCCCGCAAGUUCCCCGGCAACGCCGAGCAGGCCCAGGACGAGCUGCUGGCCGCCGCGCUGGCCGCCGCGCGCGCCGGCAAGACGGUCCUCCGCCUCAAGCAGGGCGACCCCUUCAUCUACGGCCGCGGCGGCGAGGAGCUCGCCCACUUCCGCAGCCACGGCUUCGACGCGCCCGGCGCCGUCACCGUCCUGCCCGGCGUCACCAGCGCCCUCAGCGCGCCCCUGUUCGCCGCCAUCCCGGCCACCCAGCGCGACGUCGCCGACCAGGUCCUCGUCUGCACCGGCACCGGCAAGAAGGGCAAGGCGCCCUCGCCGCCCGAGUACGUGCCCUCGCGCACCGUCGUCUUCCUCAUGGCGCUGCACCGCAUCGUCGGCCUCGCACCCUCCUCAAGGGCCCUCUGGCCCCUCUCCACCCCCUGCGCCGUCAUCGAGCGCGCCAGCUGCCCCGACCAGCGCGUCAUCCGCACCACCCUCGCCCACGUCGCCGAGGCCAUCGAGGCGGAGGGCAGCCGGCCACCGGGCCUCCUCGUCGUGGGCCGCGCGUGCGAGUUUCUGCAUCCCAGGGAGAAGGGCAGGGCGUGGGCCGUCGAGGAAGGGUUCAGGGGGCUGGACGAGCUUGGCGGAGGAGCAGGAGGGAUGAUGGCGGCGGUUGAGGGGCUGGCGCUGGGUGCGUAG